UUCGUUCAUCGUGUAGCUCACAAGUCACCGCAGGUCAUCUAAACCGUCAGGACACAACCACCACAACAUUGGUACGCUCCGUCAACUUUCGCUCCGCCGUGGAAUGCACUGGUGAUGUGCAUUUCUGAACCGCUUUUGAGUGUGCCAGGUUGCAGGCUCGUGACAUCAUCCUCAACCAUACACGGACGCACCGUAGUCGCUAAUGAAUCAUGACAUACGAAGUACAAACUGCGUAGACGCAUUAUCGAGCUUAUAACGGCCGGAUUCUCGUUUGAAAGCGUGCAAGAUGCGUCAAGAGGGCCUUUGGAAGGAGCUGGUGGACGCUCAUUGCCACCCAACCGAUGACCCUCUCCUCAGAUUGGAGCCUCAAGCGCAUUCGGCUCACGAUAAUGCUUUCGACACCUCGUGCGGCAUUGACCUCGAUGCACUUGCGAAGCGAUUGCUAGAUGCCGAAAUUGGUAUGGCUUGCAUUAUGUCGACGAGUACCGCAGAUCAAGAGCUCGUUGCUGGACUGGCAGCGCGAUGCGGCCCAGCCAGAAUCACACCUGCAUUCGGCCACCAUCCAUGGUUCGUGCACAGAAUCACUGUCCAAGAAGACCCGAUGCCGUCCAAGGUAGACCACUACAAGAUGUUGUUCCCAGACCCGCCUUGUCUCGACGGGGACGGUGAGAACGGCAUAUCGGAGCUAGACUUGAUCAUGCCCGGCUUGCCAGAUCCUCUGCCGCUGUCGCAAGUGCUCAAGGAUCUACGCAGUAAUCUCGAAAGGUACCCACACGCCAUACUGGGUGAAGUGGGUAUCGAUAAAUCAUUCCGGCUGCCUUUCUCUCCGGAAUCUUUGGAACUGCUUGACGGUCUGGAGGAUGGCAAGCGCCAAAAGACCCACCAUGAAGUCUCCAACCAUGGCCUCCCAAAGCGUCGCCUCUCGAGGCUUCAGACGCCUUUGGCACAUCAAAUGUACGUGCUCAAAGCACAGAUUGACGUCGCCGUCUCACUACGGCGCCCGGUCUCAUUCCACAGCGUCCGUGCGGCCGGAGCGACCAUUGAUCUGCUGCGUGAGCUGUGCUCAGACUUUCCUCGGGGAUGGAACGACACGCCAGGUUUCCAGAGCGCGAAUCUUGCCCUACACAGCUGUACGAUUUCGGCAGAGGGCAUCCGACAGAUUCAACAAGUGCAUGCAAACGUCUAUGUCAGCUUCAGCACAACGAUCAAUGCACGGCAGAAGGGCUUGGGGGAGCAGAUCGAGGCGUGCGACCCGGAUCGGUUGCUAAGCGAGAGCGAUUGGCACAUUGCAGAGGGACUCGCUGAUCACGUGUGGGGGGUUGUGGACAUGUUCUGCGCAAGCGAGCGGCUUGAACGGCAUCUGUCUCUACAAGACCUCAGUACAGGCGAGAAGCGAAGUGAAGUCGUCGCGAUGUUAAAGCGGAAUUGGCACCGCUUUCUGCGUGGCCGGAUCGAAGAGCUAGGGGAUGAAUCUUGGGCAAUCUGAAGAUGCAAGGCACGCUUUCGACAGCGAUCUGAUUUUGAGGCAGUAUGGUACAAGACGGAAGCGAGCUCGGCGCUGCACUCUGGUCGGAAGCCGACUAG